GUAAAAUCACAUGCUUCCAUAGUUCAGUCUUACUGAUCUUUCUUCCUUGUUCUUUGUCGUUAAGUUGAUGUGACAGUUUUCUUUUCGGUCGAGGAAGAAUGCUUUGGCUUACAAGUUUUUGGAUAGUUAUAAUAGUUAUUAUCGUUGAUGCUUUCGGAGCAAAGGUUUAUGCUGUUCCGGCCAAACCUCAUCGGAUUCUGUUGGAUACCGACGUCGAUACCGAUGAUUUCUUCGCUCUGUUGUACCUCUUGAAGCUUAACAAAUCGGAAUUCGAGUUGGAGGCAAUCACUAUAAACGCCAAUGGAUGGAUUGAUGUCGGGCAUGCGGUGAAUCAAGUUUACGACAUGCUUUACAUGAUGGGUCGUGAUGACAUAGCCGUUGGUGUCGGAGGAGAAGGUGGAAUCCUCGAAGAUGGUACCAUUUUACCGAAUGUUGGCGGAUAUCUUCCGAUAAUCGAACAGGGGAUGUCAACGGCCGGGGGUUGUAGGUAUCGGCAAGCGAUUCCGGUAGGCCUCGGAGGACGAUUAGAUGUUGACACUAACUAUGGCCUUCGGAAAGCAUUCCUUCCGCAGGGGAGUAGGAGAUAUUCUCCUCUUCAACAGCCAACGGUUCAGCAAGUGAUGAUCGAAAAAACAUCGGCUGGUCCCAUUACUGUAUUCUUGAUCGGAGUCCACACGAAUUUCGCUGUUUUUCUUAUGAGUAAUCCGCAUCUAAAGCGAAAUAUCGAGCACAUAUAUGUGAUGGGUGGUGGAAUAAGGUCCAAGAACCCCACGGGAUGUUGCUCCCAUAAUGGCACCUCCCCUUGCCAGCCUAGCCAGUGCGACGACCCCGGAAAUCUUUUCACGGAUUACAACACUAAUCCUUAUGCCGAGUUCAAUAUCUUCGGAGAUCCUUUUGCGGCAUAUCAGGUGUUUCAUUCAGGUAUCCCGGUCACCCUUAUUCCUUUAGAUGCAACAAACACCAUCCCCAUAACCGAGGAGUUUUUCAAGACGUUUGAGGAGAGCCAACGGACUUAUGAAGCACAAUAUUGCUUUAAAUCGUUGAAAAUGGCCCGCGAUACUUGGUUCGAUGAUCAUUUCUAUACGAGCUACUUCAUGUGGGAUUCGUUCACGUCAGGUGUUGCGGCGUCGAUUAUGCGGAAUUCAGAGAAGAAGAACGGGGAGAAUGAAUUCGCGGAAAUGGAAUACAUGAACAUAAGUGUGGUUACUUCGAAUAAGCCUUACGGAAUAUCUGACGGUUCGAAUUCAUUCUUCGAUGGACUUCAAGUUCCCAAAUUUAAAUUGAAGGAAGGAGGAUGGCACAGCGGCCAUGUUCAAACAGGACUUCGGGAUCCCUUUUGCUUCGUCGAGAAUGGUAAAGGGAAGUGCAAGGAUGGGUACACGGAGGAGCAAACAGGUCCAGAUGCAGUUCGUGUUCUUGUUGCAACAAAUGCAAAAUCCAAUCAAAACAUUACCAGCAAACUCAACAGAGAAUUCUUCGUAAACUUUUUGGAUGUUUUAAAUCGACCCGAAAACACAGCGAUAUUCAAUCUCACGACAGAAUUUCCUCAUUUCAGACAUGUCUUUUACGAACCGGAUUUCAGAGACGAAACAUUGGGGAAACCAGUUGUUUUCGACAUGGAUAUGAGUGCCGGAGAUUUCAUGGCCUUGUUUUAUCUCCUCAAAGUGCCUGUUGAAAUGAUCGACCUUAAGGCAAUAUUAGUGAGUCCAACAGGUUGGGCCAAUGCGGCGACCAUCGAUAUCAUCUACGAUUUGCUGCACAUGAUGGGACGUGACGACAUUCCGGUUGGUCUCGGAGAUGUAUUCGCAACGAACCAAUCUGACCAUAUUUUUCGCCCUGUUGGUGACUGUAAAUAUGCCAAGGCUAUACCACAUGGGAGUGGUGGAUUUCUGGAUUCGGAUACCCUUUAUGGCCUAGCCCGGGACUUACCACGAAGUCCCAGAAGGUAUACAGCAGAAAACUCAGUGAAAUUUGGAGCUCCAAGGGACACAGAUCACCCAGAAAUGAGACAACCUUUGGCAUUGGAAAUUUGGAAUUCAGUAUUGAAAACAAUGGAUCAUGGAUCCAAAAUUACUAUAUUGACAAAUGGACCGUUGACAAGUUUAGCCAAGAUUAUAGCUCAAACAGAUACAGUACCAUUCAUACAGAAUGUGUAUAUUGUUGGAGGACAUAUCAGCCGAGGUAGCCUUGACAAAGGCAAUGUCUUCACUAUUCCUUCCAAUAAAUAUGCGGAAUUCAACAUGUUUCUCGAUCCGAUCGCUGCGAAAAAAGUCUUUGAAUCCGGCUUAAACAUCACGCUCGUUCCGCUCGGCACUCAACGGAAAGUCGGUCAGUUCACUGAAGCCUUAGAGUGGCUGCAGCUGACAAGAACUCCCGAGUCUCAGUUUGUGAAGCGCCUAUUGUCCAGGCUAUACACUUUGAAGCAAACUCAUCACAGUUAUCACCAUAUGGAUAUAUUCUUUGGCGAAAUCCUCGGAGCUGUACUAUUGGGUGGAGAUGAUCCGAAACUGAAACCUACCAUGCAAGAAAUGCACAUCAAAGUCAUUGCGGAAGGCGACAAAUCGAUUGAUGGGCAGAUUUUGAUUGAUGAAGAGCAAGGGAAAGUAGUUCAGAUAUUGAAAAACAUUGAUACAAUGGCAUGUUAUGAAGAAUUUGCAGAUAGAUUGGGUGAUGAAAAGCAAUCUGCUGUAUUAGGAAGCUAUGAUGAACAGAGAAUAAUCUGGAAUACACCACCAAUUCUAACUUGAAAGAAAUAUAUU